AAGCUUCUGCCAACAAAGACGACACGUGUACCUAACGGCCUUCAAACAGUCUCACCACCAUACCUCACGCCGCGGGUAGGUGUUCACAGCAACCAAAUGCUUCCGAUCAGAAAAUCUGCAAUGGAGACGAUGAAGGCAGCGGUGGAAAUGGAGAAAGUGCCGAUGGACCUCGUGAACGACGUCUUCUUUCACCUUCCUGUUAAGUCUCUGGUUCGCUUCAAGUGCUUGUCGAAGCCGUGCUGUUCUCUGAUCGAAGGCGAAGAUUUUGUGAAGUCUCACCUCGAUCUAUCCGUCAAAUCCGGCGCCGGUCGCAGUGUUUUACUUAGAGGACAUCUGCAUCUUUACUCUGUCGAUCUCCGAUCACUGGAUACUGCUAAAGAAAUCGAGCAUCCUUUGAAACCUAGAGGUCCGGCUGAAGUUUUUGGCUCCUGCAAUGGAUUGAUUGCACUCUCAAAUUCCAUGUCUGAGUUGGCUUUAUACAAUCCCUCGACCCGGAAACUUCAUCGAUUACCUGUUUCGCCGGUGGAACAUCCGGCAGGCGGCGGUAUUCGGGGUUACAUUUUUUACGGGUUCGGGUACGAUUCGGUUAACGACGAUUACAAGGUUGUAAGAAUGGUACAGUUUAGGAGAGACGAAGAUGAUGAUAUCGGUUGCUUUUUCCCUUACGAGGUUAAGGUCUACAGUUUGAGAACCGAUUCGUGGAAGAGAGUUGAGACGUCGCCGUUUCAGCUACAGUUCCUUUUUAAUUUCUAUUAUCACCUCAUGUUCCGGCGAGGCUAUGGUGUUCUGGCCUGCAAUAAUCUCCAUUGGGUUAUGCCUCGAAGUCACGAAUUGGGCAACCGCAAUGUCAUCUUCGGGUUUGAUCUUGCGGCGGAGUUGUUCCACAUAGUGCCUGUGCCUGACUAUGAUGCUGAUCACUCCCCGGAGUUUCAAAUGGACCUAGGUACGUUGAAUGACUGCCUCUGCGUUAUCUGUAACUACGGGCAAGCAUAUGUGGACGUCUGGGUGAUGAAGGAAUAUGGAGUGAAGGAAUCGUGGGUUAAGCUGUUCAUAGUUCCUCGACCUAGGUCGAGUGUUGGGUGUUUUUCGUAUCUGAGACCGUUAAUUUAUUCUGAUGAUGAUGAUAAGGUUUUGGUGGAGUUGGAUAACAGGAGGCUGAUGUGGUAUGAUUUGAAUAGCAGAAGACUGAGGACUCUGAGGAUACGUGGUGACCACGGUGGGUUUAGCGCGGAGAUGUACGUGGCAAGCCUUGUAUCUCCAGGCGAGGAAAAUAGAGCGGAUAACAGCAGGAAAUUGGAGCAAGAAAAGAAGAACAACUGUAGAAAUAGGAAGAAUAGGGAUGAUUUUCUGUCUGUAGGGUUUAAGCUGGUUCUGUGAUAAUCGAAUUUCAAAGGGGGCACAGUACGCAAUAGAGAAGAGCUACAAGUCAAGCUGAUGGCAUGGAGUUCUCAGUUUUCAAGUAGGAGGCAAAGGUGCGAAGGAGGGUCAACCUGGGUUACUGAAGGGUUGUCUGAUGGCUCUGUGGCCACACCACGGGUUUUCUUUUCUCUCCAGCACUUUUGGACUGAUCAUCUUGCUGCAAAGAUCUCAAGAGUAGUAGGGAGAAGAAUAGUAAUGUACAGCAUAAUUUUCUUUUUCAAGGAUACAUUUUACUUUAGUUGCUUAUAUGUGAAAUGGGAUUUGUUGCAAGUUUCCCUCACUGAAUACAAUAGUAGCUAUAUGAUUUUCUGAUGAAGUCUCAAGGGUAGCAAGGUAGAAGAAUGAAGCAGAAAAAAUUACUAGAUUUUAUGGGCCAAGGAUUUUAGGUACGAUUGCUCUAGAAAUGUUUUUAGAUUAGAUUUUAUACUCAAGUAACUACCAGACAAGAAUGUAAAUAUUUUUAUGCACCAAAGAGAAUCCUAUAUUCACGGCCUCAAAUUUGUUUUCUUGCA